CGCACCUUCGGGGCGGCGGGCCAGAGCGGGGGCGGGCGGAGUUCCGCCGCGAUGGCGGCCAUGGCAGCGGAGCCGGAGGACUACGAGGCGGUGCUGUGCGUGAAGCCGGCGGUGCACGUCUACCGGGUGCCACCGCGGACCUCUAACCGCGGCUACAGAGCUGCAGAGUGGCAGCUGGACCAGCCGGCGUGGAGCGGCAGGCUGCGGAUCACAGCCAAGGGCAAGACUGCGUUCAUUAAGCUGGAGGACAAGACCUCGGGUGAGCUUUUUGCUCAAGCACCGGUGGAACAGUUCCCUGGCAUUGCUGUGGAGAGCGUGACAGACUCCAGCAGAUACUUUGUCAUCCGGAUUGAAGAUGGCAAUGGCCGCCGUGCUUUUAUUGGAGUUGGCUUUGUCGACCGAGGGGAUGCUUUUGAUUUCAACGUGGCUCUGCAAGACCAUUUUAAAUGGGUGAGGCAGCAGAGCGAGCUGGCCAGGCAGGCCGAGAACCCUGAGCAGGGACCAAAACUGGAUCUGGGCUUUAAGGAGGGGCAAACCAUCAAACUCAACAUUGCGAACAUGAAGAAAAAAGAAGGAGCAACAGGGAACACCCGACCACGUCCCGUGGGGCCUGGGGGCCUGAGCUUGCUCCCACCACCUCCUGGAGGAAAAUCUUCCGCUCCAGUUUUUCCUUCUGGAGAGCAGCCAUCUUCGCUCCCCAAGCCCACCCAGCUCCCGGGCACCCCCAUCACAGACUCCCUCUUGUCCUGGCCGCAGCCUGCUGCUGCUCCCUCUGCCGUUGCUGGAGACGUCUGGGGAGACUUUGCCAAAGCUUCAGGGUCAGCUUCUAACCAAACUCAGGCGAACGCAGGCUGGGUUCAGUUCUGACCCCAGCCCAUUGUCUGCUCUUCCCCGCGCGGGUGCUGGGAUCACUGUGAUUCCUUCAGGACCAAAGCAGGGGCUUCAGGACACCCCGCUCCUGCCCUUAAAUCCCACCCGGCAUCGAAAUGCUGAAAUAAGUGCCAGAGAGUAAAAUGACACGUGCCUUAAAACACUCCACACCAGUGCCCUCUGCCUUGGGGGCAUUUUAUUUUCUACCUGGAUCACAGGAAACUUCUGAGGCAUCUCCUUUCGCAAAAAAAACCAACGCCAUCAGCUUCAUCGCCUCUCCUUAAUAACGAGAGGGCGAGCGUGCACUUAGAGCAGGAGGACUCUUGCUUGCAGCACUGCCCCAAUUAAGGUAAUUUUCACUAAAGGUUUAAGCAGCAGAGCCUUCUCUGCUUUCUCCUCGCAUAUUUGGGCUGGAUAGAUCCUUCCCUCAGCGGGGAGCAUCCUCCUGGAGACAUCCUGCCUGGAGAAUCCAGAUGAACAACUUGCCGAGAUGCUGAAUGUCACCCCAGGUUUUUUCUGAGCGCUUAACUCUGCGAUGCAGGAGGCGGGGAGCCGGACCGCUGUGUUUCGAUGCUGAAAUUCCUAAUUUCUUGCUCUGGGAAGUUUUUUUUUCUCCUCUAUUUUGAAGAUGGAUACUUCUUUCUGUGGACAUUUUAUUAAGCGAUAACAUGCAGUUACGGACAGAACAGAGUCGGUCUCUUUGACAGAGCUGGGGUUGAGAUUCCUCUUUAAACAAAUAUUUUCUUACCUAUUUA